AUGGCUCCACGGCCUGCCAAACGGCAGCGCAGAUCUACCAUCGUCCUCUCGGACGAUAGUGACGAGGAUUUCGAGUUACCCUCUUCCAAAGCCGUGAAAGCCGGUCUACAGCGCGAGAUCACCCUUGAUGGCAGGAAUUCCCUCACAGUGUCCCCGGCCAAGACGGGCAAAGGGAAGUCGACGACUAGACGAACUAUCCUGCGAGCAUCCCCUAAAUCAUCUCCGGAAAAGACCAGAAAAAAUGCAGGACCAAGCGAAGCCGAGAAGUCGAGGUCCUUGCACUCUUUCUUCGGCAAAGCCACUGACGAAGAGAGAUGGAAGAAGAAGGCCAUACCAGAACAGGACUGGGCGAAUGGGGAAUUGGGCGAUGCAAUUGAAGACGAUGAAUUGUCCGACGAGACGCUACAAGAACUGGGAGUGAAGCCGGACACUGCGCAUACAUCUCUCCACAGAACGAAACCUGUCAUGCCUGCAAUUACAAAUUUCACCAGUACAGUCAAUAGAGGCAGCCUGCCCUCCAGCCAGCGAUUUCUCAAGGCUGCACCUUCGAGUCAAGAGGCCACCACCAGCGCAGACACCUCUCGACCAACCGUCGACGUCCACCAUCUACCAUGGUCCGAUCGAUACGGGCCUAGUAAUCUCGAAGAGCUGGUGGUACACAAGAAGAAGGUGGCCGAUGUCCAAGGUUGGUUGCAGGGCAAGAUCAGCGGACGCAACAACCAGAAACUCCUCGUCUUGAAGGGACCUGCGGGCAGCGGGAAGACCACGACCCUGUCAUUGCUUGCAAAAGCCCUGGGCUUGCAGCUAAUAUCAUGGCACAACCCUGCUGUUUCCGACGCGGGCGGAAACAGCUCAAUAGCUCUGCAAUUCGACGAGUUCCUCAACAGAGGAGGCCAGUUCGGCAGCCUUGCUUUCGACCAUGGUAUUUUAGAUUCGGACUCCUCCAAGGGAGAUCCAGACCAUCGACUUCUUGUCGUCGAAGAGUUUCCGGCAACUAUAUCGAGCUACUCCAGCGCCCUUCAGUCGUUCAGGUCCGUCAUUUUACAGUUUCUGGCGCGAAGCAAGACAGCCUCCUCAGCUAUCCCUGGUCACCAUCACCCCAAUGGCAAUGCUCCACCUCUGGUCAUAAUCAUUUCCGAGACUUUGCUCUCCUCGUCCACAGCAAUGAGCGACAGUUUCACUGCUCACAAGCUCCUCGGUCCGGAAAUACUGAACCACCCCUUUGUGACAGUCAUGGAAUUCAAUCCGGUCGCGUCUACAUUUGUGACCAAGGCUCUGGACCUUGUCAUGAAGAAGGAGGCAAGAAAUUCUCGCAGACGCCGAAUGCCCGGCCCCGCCGUGAUUCAGAGACUGGCCGAAAUGGGCGAUGUCCGAAGCGCGGUCAACUCUCUAGAGUUCCUUUGCUUGAGAGGAGGCGAUGGCUCUGAAUGGUCGGGUACGGUGGCAGCCAAGGCGAAGAAGACAUCAAAGGACAAGCACGGCGUGCCUUUGACAGAAAUGGAAAGGAACUCCCUCCAACUUGUCACUCACCGCGAAACCACUCUGGAUAUGUUCCACGCAGCCGGCAAGAUUAUGUACAACAAGCGUGAAGAUCCACGGGUCCUAGAUACCAGAGCAGAGCCGCCACCCAAACCACCGGAUCAUUUGAUGCAUUUGUAUACACCCAAGGCGUCCCAGGUUGACAUUGAAGCUCUCCUCAAUGAGACCGGGACAGAUAUCCAGACUUUUAUCUCGACCUUGCACCAGAACUACAUACUUUCUUGCCACGGCGAUGCGUUUGAGCAAUCGUUCGAAGGUUGUUCGGAUGUCCUCUCCACAGCUGACAUUUUAAAUCCGGAGAGCCGACCGUCACGUCGCGUAGCCUCGAACCCAAAUGCAAGCAUCAUCCAAGCCAACCUGCAGGCCGGAUCUUCGGACACGCUGCGACAAGAUGAGAUCAGCUUUCAGGUCGCGACGAGGGGUUUGUUGUUCAAUCUGCCAUAUCCUGUAAAUCGCACGAGCCCUCCCGGCGGCAAAAAGGGUGACGCGUUCAAGAUGUUUUACCCGGUGAGCCUACGACUAUGGAAACCCACAGAGGAAACGGAAAGUCUGCUUGACAUGUUUGUCCACGAGUCGGGUUCUAGGUUUGGAGUCGGAUUUCCAGGUGGUGGUGGUGGUGGCGGCGGCAGUGGAGAUGGAUCUGGCGGCGUUGCGAGCUGGCAGACCAGAACCUUUGGACGGGAUCCUGCGCCUGUUGCGAUCAACAAGGAGGACGAGAACCAAGAGACUCCGGAGCUACGGCCUGUUCAUCGUGGCAAGGGCACUUUGGUCGGCGAGAUCCUGCCGUACAUGACGCGCAUCUUGGGCGCCAGGAAGCAAGACACGUCUGUCCUCGAACGCAUCACGAGGUUUAAGCCGGAUGCGUUCCUCUCCUCGGCGAGUGGUGAGGGCGCGGACGCGGACGAAGACGCGGACGCUUUACAAGACGAAGACCAAAGCACCUUCACCGUCGCAGCGGCCGGACUGGGAUACGGGCGUGGCACCACCACAGCCACAACCACAACCACCGCAGCGUCGACAAGAACAACGAACGCACCGGUAUCUGCGUCCGCUCUGCGUGCGGCUGCCCACGACCAUGAUCCGACAAGCGCCACCGGCUCUGGACACGGACAUGGUGGUCUAGUGCCAGUGACCAUGGAGAAGUUGUACAUCUCCGACGACGACAUCGAAGACGAUUGA